UGCCAGAGAGUGAGGGACGCCGGGGUGGUAACUGCCUAUCCAGGUCGGAUCCUUGGGAGGGGGCCAGGAUCCCCCACUCUGCCGGCAGGAAGAAUCCAGGCCCUUCUCUGCCGGCCCAACUGAAAGCUCAUAACUUCCCGGGUGCCAGCGAUGCAGCCGGAUCCCGGGACGUGCAAGCUGCGGUGCGGCCGCUGCAGGUGCGGCGCGGGUGACUCGGGCCGGCGGGCAGUGCAAAGGAGGGUCCCUCUGAAACGUUCCCGAAUCCUGCACAUGGCUCUGAUGGGGGCCUCCGACCCCUCUGGAGAGCCCGAGGCCGGAGGGGAGAAGCCCUUUCUGCUGCGGGCCUUACAGAUCGCGCUGGUGGUCUCUCUGUACUGGGUCAUCUCCAUCUCCAUGGUGUUCCUUAACAAGUACCUGCUGGACAGCCCCUCCCUGCGGCUCGACACCCCCAUCUUCGUCACUUUCUACCAGUGCCUGGUGACAGUGCUGCUGUGCUGGGGCCUCAGCACCCUGGCCGCCUGCUGCCCCGGGUCCAUGGACUUCCCCACCCUGCGCAUGGACCUCAGGGUGGCCCGCAGCAUCCUGCCCCUGUCCGUGGUCUUCAUCGGCAUGAUCACCUUCAAUAACCUCUGCCUCAAGUAUGUUGGGGUGGCCUUCUACAACGUGGGCCGCUCACUCACCACCGUCUUCAAUGUGCUGCUCUCCUACCUGCUGCUCAAGCAGACUACCUCCUUCUAUGCCCUGUUAGCCUGCAGCGUCAUCAUUGGCGGCUUCUGGCUAGGCGUGGAUCAGGAGGGGGCAGAGGGUACCCUGUCUUGGAUGGGCACCCUGUACGGCGUGCUGGCCAGCCUCUGCGUCUCGCUCAAUGCCAUCUACACCAAGAAGGUGCUCCCGGCGGUGGACGGCAGCAUCUGGCGCCUGACCUUCUACAACAACACCAACGCCUGCGUCCUUUUCCUGCCCCUGCUCGUGCUCUUUGGGGAGCUUCAGGCCCUCUACAACUUUGCCCAGCUGGGCAGCGCCCACUUCUGGGGGAUGAUGACACUGGGUGGCCUGUUUGGCUUCGCCAUUGGCUACGUGACAGGACUACAGAUCAAGUUCACCAGUCCCCUGACCCACAAUGUGUCGGGCACGGCCAAGGCCUGUGCCCAGACAGUGCUGGCCGUGCUCUACUACGAGGACACCAAGAGCUUCCUCUGGUGGGCGAGCAACAUGAUGGUGCUGGGAGGUUCCUCCGCCUAUACUUGGGUCAGGGGCUGGGAGAUGAAGAAGGUCCAGGAGGAGCCCAGCCCCAAGGAGGAUGAGAAGAGCACCGUGGGGGUGUGAGUGACUGGAACCCUGGGAUGGCUCCGCCUUGAGGAUCACGCUCAGGGUGGAGCCAGAUCAACAAUAAAGACUGUCUUUCUGAGCCUAGAGAUGUAGGCGUGGAAGGGAGUAUGGCUUCCAGACUCGAUUGGAAUAUGAGGGUUGAAAAGGAACCAGUGUUUUCAAGUAAUUUCAGAAAGUUGCCAAAUUUAUCUCUACCCCUUUCCUCUUUCUGGGUUUUUGUCCUCCUUUAGUGGGGGAGAGAUCCCCAUGGGAAUAGCCAGUUAGGUUCUCUGGAAGAGCACUAGCUCUUGGGGGAGUGGAGAGAGGGCACCACCCCUUCCCAACUCCCACUCCCAGGGCUUGUCUGCUUCCACAUCCCCUCUGGGCUGGGGGUGGGCUGCAGCCUAUAAAGGUCAGCGUUGGCAAAGCCAUGAAGUCCUCACUUACACUCAGGGGAGUUGAGGAAGUGACUCCACCACCUGCCAACUGUAGGGGGGUCAGGAAAUCUCAUGCCUCUGGGAACCUGGGCUGCUUCCAGGCCCUCCGGCAGGCAGCGUGGUGGCCUUGGCCCCACGAGCCACCCUUUCUUCAGAGGAAAGCGUGGGCUGGGCCUGAGGGAGGAAAUAGGCUAGCGUUCCCUCUCCUCUGCAUUGAACAGUAGGCCCCGUGGAAGGAGGUGAAGGAAAGUGGCCUGGGAAUGGGAUAGAUCGUGGGGAAGUACCCCGACCCCAUCUGUACCCCAUAUUUCCAGCUUUUGAACAUGGAGGGAUCACCCAUCUUUUACCAGUUAAGCAGGGCCAUUAACACCCUCCAAUCCCUGACCCACUUGACUCCCUCCUCUGUCUCUGGGAAGCAGGAGCCCCUCUGGUUUCCCAGCACGUGGCGUAGCUGCCUGGCUCAGGUCACAGCCUGCUGGUAGGGGGGCCAGAGAGCCUCUUCUGCCUUCUCCUGGUUCUGUGUUUCCCAAAUCCUUCAUUCCCAGGUGGGUAGAUGGAGCAAGGUUCCAGGCUCUAAGUCUUCCACCUGUGCUGUGCUUGGCACUGGGGCCAGGGGGAGGGGGUGGUGUUACCCUGAGCCUCUUCCCUUGCAAAGGUGAUAAACUAGCAUUUGAGUUUUUCCCUGAGGUUGGGGCCUGAAAGAACCUGCUGGUCCCCUCACCACACCCUCCUGGCUCAGGAGAGGCUUUCACUCCCCACUCCCAACCCCAUUCCUCCUGCUGGGCCCAGACUCCAGGGUUUUGUGGCACCCAUCUCUUUGGUGUGGUUUCUGAUAUUUUCAGUCCUUGCAGGAAGGGCUGGGGAGAGCAGGUCUCACCAACCCCCUCCAGGUGCCCUCACAAUCCCAGGUGGUUUUAAUGAAUUAACUGUCAUUUAAUAAAAAAU